GAUUUCGACGUGGACCCGUCGGACACCAUCAAGUCUGUCAAGCAGAGGGUGAUUUCGCAGCGCCCGCCACCCGACUGGGCGAACAGCGCGGUGCUCUUCCGCGUGUCUGCCGAGGACGGGGCCAAGGCGAGCGCUCAUCUCAGCAACAAGGCCAGGCUGCAGGACUGCGAGGUGGUGGAGGGAUCGCGGCUCAGGUUCGCGUAUGCGCGGAGCAUCUCGGCUGCGGAGAAGCUGGAGUACCACGCUCAAGGCCUCAUCACUGCGGAGGAGUUCCGGGUGCCAGCCUGCACUAUGGAGGCGUGA